AAUAAUGUCGUUAUCGACAUACCAAUUUACAUCAAAUAUGGCUGCGUCCAUAACGAUUUGACGUGCAUAAUUAUUCAUUUGUGACGAAUACUACAAAGAAACAAUGUUCGUUCCGAGAGACAACAAACCCAUAGACUUUAAAGGGUUUACACUCAUAUAUCCCGCCCUGUCUGUCGGCAAUGUAGCCCAGUUGAUGGCUGAUCUCCUUAUCUCCACAAUGACCAUGCACAAAGUUGGCUACAUCCAGCACCCCAGUCUCAUCCCACUUGUUGGUAACGAUCCGUAUGCACAUCCUAGUGCAACCACUUGCAAGGUGGUCACCUGCUGUGAAGUAUAUGACAGUGUGGAGCACAACGUAGUGAUUGUUCAGCAACGCUCUCCUUUCAUAAAGGGUAGAAGAAAUGCAUACAAGAAAUGGUUAGCUCAGUGGAUUCGGGAAUGCGGAUUCAGCAAAGUUGUUAUAGCAACAAGCAGCUCUGCAGAUGAGAGGCUGGACACACAGAUAACAGGGCCACAGUUCAGAUUUGUUGCUUCGGAUAAAAUAGAAGCAGACUACGGAGAAAUGUUCCGAAACUUUUAUGAGUGGGAUGAGUUAGAACGGCGUCAAACCUUUCCAGCCCCAUCUGUGUUGGAGGCAGGGGAUAGGGGCCAGGGACAGCUGUACAUACCUGGCGGAGGCAUUGCCAUGGCACUCUUUAACGACCUGUGUAGUGAUACACCGGUGGUGUUGUUACUCAUGUUCUGCUCAGAAGGGGACAAUAUACCAGAAGCUAUAGAGCUGACUAAUAGGAUCAACAGAUGGCUUGGGCUCAUACUGUUCCAUGUAAGUGAAUCUUGAUGCCAUUCACUUGGGCUCAUACUGUUCCAUUCUCGGUCCAUUGCGGAUGCCAGCGAUGUGGGAGUUGUGAAAUACACUCAGUGGAAAAUCCCUGUGUCAUGGAAACUGUUCUUUGGAAGUCGCUUUGACCAGACAUUGUUCCACUAACAGAAUUUUAACUGUGAACUCUGGAAGAUUAUUAGCUUUUUUUACAGACUUCAAAACAUGACAUGCAGUGAAAAAUGUUUGGUUUUUAACACAUUAAGACUUGGCUGAAUUUGAAUCUGAGUUACGGAUGUUCAGUAACUAAGUUACUUGUCAAAUCUUCUACUCUAGAAGGCUCCAGUAUGAAUAAAUCUGGAUUAAACUUGUUAAGAAUGUGUAUCUUGAUAUUAAUAUUGACGAUUGGUUUUGCCUUAACUCGGGUGAGCACUUUUGAGUCAGCAUUGCCUUCUUUUUAUGCAUAUAGCAGUUGAACUGUCCGUCAGUCUGUGUGUCUGUCCCAAAACUUUAACAUUGGCCAUUACUUUUGAAAUAUUGAAGAUAGCAACUUGAUAUUUGGCCUGCAUGUGUAUCUCAUGGAGCUUCACAUUUUGAGUGGUGAAAGGUCAAGGUGAAUUUCAUCUUUCAUGGUCAAAGGUCAAAUAUAUGGCUUCAAAGCGGUGCAGUAGGGGGCAUUGUGUUUCUGACAAACACAUCCAUUGUUAAGUUACAUAUUGCAUAUAAUUGUUAUAUGAUUUUACUGUUGUAUUUUGUAGAAUAAAAUUCAGUUACCAC